AUGCUGGAUGAUGACUUGGGCAACCUGGACCUGGGGUCGCGGAGAAAGCCCAGGAAGUGGGUGGCGGUGGCGCCGGCAUCCACGCCUGCGUCGGAGAAGAGGAAGCAGCGGGGCUCCCACAAAAGCCAAGGUGCCUCUUCUCAGGCAGGCGUGGACGGCGCAUUGCCGUCACCCAAGCCGGACGGCAGAGACGAUGAUGACGAGGGGAGGGACCCAACUGUCAGCGGGUUGGGGCCUGAGGAUGAGGAGGGUUGCGUGGAGUACAAGCUCCGGAUCAAAGACCCCAACGCGGUCCGAUUUCAGCAACUGGUCACCCAGAUGAAGUACCGGCUAUCUGAAGGGGAGGGACAGUGCACCUACUACAUUGGAGUGGAGGACGAUGGCUACCCAAGGGGCCUUGAAGCAGAUGACCUGAACGCAUCUCUGGCUGUCGCAAAGCGAAUGGCAGAGUCUCUUAGUGCGACUGCGACAGUGAGACAGUGGUGCAAGGGGGCAUCGGGCUUGCACUAUGCCAUCUUGGACGUGCAGCAGAACUGCUCAGAGGAUGUCACUGGACUGGACAUACGGAUAGCAGUUGCCGGUGGAGCUGACAGUGGAAAGAGCACGCUGGUUGCUGUGAUGACUCAUGGGACAGAUGGCAAGCCAAUACUUGACAACGGGGGAGGCAGCGCCAGGACGACUGUUCUGAGACACAAACAUGAGAUCGAGACUGGCAGGACAUCCAGCAUUUCGCAGCACAUGCUGGGGUAUGAUCAGGAUGGGCGGGUGCUGAACUACGUGGGGGUGUCCACAUUGACGCCGGCUGAGAUCGGUGUGGCCGCAACCAGGCAGAUAAACUUUGUUGACAUUGGGGGGCUGGAGAAGUAUCUGAAGACUGCGCUAUAUGGCAUGACUUCCAUGCUUCUGGACUACAUGCUGCUGUGCGUCUCUGCAGCCUCUGGACCACAGCGUGUGAUGCGAGAACACUUGGCGGUCGCCCUAGCCCUAGACAUCCCUGUUGCCGUCGUGAUCACCAAAGUGGAUGCUGUGGAUGCGGCCCAGGCACAGCGGGUGUUGGACGAUGUGCGACAAAUUGUCGAAGUGGCUGACAAGGCUCUCGGAGCUCGGUUGGGGGAGGAAGGGCCAGGGGAGGCCUGCACCCCCUGCAUCUGCAGCGAGGAGGAAGCAGAGCACUGGUCGAAGGAGUUGACUCAUCAAAACCAGCGGAUGAGGUCUGGGAGCUAUUCUGUUCCGGUGUCCAUACCCAUCUUCAUGGUGUCAUCCGUAACGGGCGCAGGCCUCCAGCUUCUGCACACGCUCCUGAGCGGCCUGCAGCCUUCGACGCUGCAGCGCAGCUCCGACCCUUCCAGCACUCCAGCGCAGGCGGAGGGCGGAAGCGCAGGCAGAUCCGCUGGCGACUGUGGCGUUGGCUGCCGAUUCCAAGUCGACCAGACUUUUGACGUUGCAGACGUCGGCCUUGUCGUUUCUGGGACCGCCGUCGACGGCACGAUCACCCUGGGCCAGCGACUCAACCUGGGGCCCGACGCAGACGGAAAUUUCGUCCCCGUCAGCGUCUCCUGCAUCCAGCGCAGCCAGAUCCCCGUGAAGGCCGUCCGAGCUGGCCAGACCGCCACGCUGGCGCUCAGCACCGGUGGGCCCGCGGGCCCAGACCUCGGUGCGGCGAUGAUGGAUCGAAUCAGGGUGUCGCGAAGCGAGACGGAUUCGGGCGACCCUCUCGAGACCGGACGGACAAGAGGAGACAAGACGGACGGAGAACGGACGAACUGGACGGACAGUGCCGGAAGGACAAGGAGAGACGAGACGGACGGACGACAGACGGGCGGGACGGACGAGGCCGGACGGACGGGACAAGACGAGACGGACGGACAACAGACGGAUUGGACGAACAGCGCGGAUGGGGCGGACGGAACGGACAGGACAGGGCAAGACAAGGCAAGGGAGGAAGGACUCGGUAGACAGGACGCGUCCAGAUUGGGUGACGACACUGUGACUCAAUGGGGACAGCCCGGAGACAAUCGCCCUGGGGCGCCUUGCGACGCGCAAGACUUGCCGGACGGGUGGGAAGGGAGGGAGCACUGGUCCCGGUCGCGGACGCCGCCCUCUCCCACCGCGCCGCCGGUGAAGGGCGCCGUGCUGCUGGGCGCCAGCCUGGGCACGACGACCGCGAGGGAGUUCGACGCCACGGUGGUGCUGCUGGGCGGGCACUGGCCGCCCAGGGGCCUGCUGUCCGGCCGGUGGCCGCCCGUGGACGAGGCGGCGGACUCGGAGAGCGACAGCCAGAGCGGGGGGUCGUACGCGGACCUGCGGUGCGGCAGGGUGGACGUCGGGCGGUCCAGGUCGAGGCACCGACACAAGACGCCGCUGUAUCUCCCGGUCAUCCACGCGGGGAGCAUCCGGCAGGCGGCGCAGGUGGUGAGCAUGGAAGAGCACGACCAGGAGGGCAGCAGGAGCAGCCUGGAUUGGGUCCCGGCGCCAUUCGCGGCCGCGACAGCAGUUGCGACCUACCCUGGGGCGGCUGGGGGCGACGAUGCCAGCGAUGACGGCGAGUUGCCGUGGUGCGUGGCUCGGGUGCGGUUUCGCUUUGCACACCGAUCCGAGUGGCUGCAGGAGGGCGUUCGAUUCAUUGCUCGUGACACCGGCAAGGGGCACCUUUCAGGAGUCGGAGUCGUCCGAGAGCUGCACUUCGACGGCGAUUAUUUGACAAGGGACGGGGCGAAUUCCAUGCAAGCAGGCGUGGAUACAUGA